AUGUUACUCACUCUCAAAUAUUUGAAUAAGGUCAAAUAAAUAAAUUUAGAUAAACGAGUAAAUGUGUAAUCUUUGCAGAUACUUUUGGUUUAAUUAUUUGGUAUAAAAAGCAGAAUAAUAGGAUUAAUUGAUUAAGACGGUAUGAAUAAUUGUUAAUUUUUCAAGGUAACUAUUUUGAUUUAUCAUAAUUUAUUUAAUAAUUGUGUUAUACGAGAUGCAAUGUGUACACUAUUGCAAGUGAAGAAAAUUAAAAUUAAAAUGAUAGCAAAUUAUUAUAAACAUCUUUAAAAUAUAGUUAGAUGUCAGAUUACAACAACAAAUUAUAAUUUAUUGAUUUCAUAUAUGAUUUGGAGGAAUUUCAGUAGAUUUUAGGAGGAGAUUAAUAUACUUGUAUUUACUUGAUUGAUGAAAAAGAUUAUUAAGGGUUAGAUUUUUUAUGUGCUUUAGAACCCUUAAUUAAUAAUUUCAAUAAUUGGGUUAACUUUUACUAUUCAUUUAGCAAUAGAUUAUAAGAUUAAUUAAGAGAUCAUGAAUUUUAUCAUAAAUUUUUAUGGAUAUAUAAAGGAUCUAAGAAAAUAGUUUCAAUUUAAUUGAACAAUGAUAAAAAAAUGAGAUAAAUGGAUGAAAUUAUUCACAAACUUGUAUAAACUUAAUUAUAAGGGACAAGUACAACAAAUAUUAAAAAAUAAUCUUAAAUAUCUUCUUAAUAAUCUCCUGAUAAAAGAAGAAGUAAAUCUAUUAGAAAAUUGGUUGAAGAAUCUUAGAUAUCUAAUAAUAAUUCUUUAUAUUUGAAUUAGAAUGUUGGUGCUUCAAAAUUAAUUACUAGAGUAUAAGCAAAACUUAUUUAAAGAGUUCCUUCUAGAGGUAGUGAAAAUUUUGAGGAUUAUAGAUAUUAAUAAUCACAUUAAUAAUAAUAAUAAUAAUAAUAAUAAUAAUAAUAAUAAUAAUAAUAAUAAUAAUAAUAAUAAUAAAGUAAUAUAUAUCAUAAUGAGUCCAUUAUUAGUUAAUAAGAUUUAUUAUUUGGAGUUGUAGGUGAUUUAGAGGAAAAGGAAAUAUUAGAUGUUACUAUGGCUAGAUUAGUUAAGCGUUUGUUAAUAGAAGAAAAUAAAGAAGUUAUUCAAGUUUUAUAAUAUUAUUUGUAAAAUAGUAUAAAUAUUCAAUAAUUAUGUGAAAAAUUGAAUAAAAUUAUUGAAAAUUGUACUUACUAAGAGAGACCUACAUCUCCUUUUUAAACUCUCAAAUAAGCUAAACGUUAAGCUAAACCAUAGUAAUUAAUAAACAAUAAUUCAGAAGAUUCAAAUAGAUCUAUACAAUAAGAAUCAUCUAAAAAUAAUUAAGUAUAACGAUUAGAGGAUAUUAAAAAUAAAGUUAUUGAAACUAAUAAUUACACUUAUACUUCUGAAUAAUUUGGAAUGAUCAAUGUAUUAUGGAAUUAAUAAGAUAAAGUAUUAUUAUAAUUAUGUACAGACAUUUAUAAUAAAAUACUAAAAGGAGAAUCAAAUUCUCUCAAACCAUUAUAAAUUUAUUUAGAUUCUAAAUUUAAUGAAUUAUUGUAGUCUCAUUUCAAAUAAUCUGAAAUCAAUAUGAUUCAUGACUAUAAAAAUAGUCAUUCUGGAUCUAUAUAUGCUGUUUUGUAACAUUUUAGAUAUUAAAGUAAUAUAGAAUUAUUUAUAAAUGAUCUAAAGAAAGCAAUCAAUUCUAUAAAUAGCUAAAAUCUAAAUCUUAAUUAACAUGAAAAAUAACAAACCUAAGUUUCUAAAGAAAUCAAUUUAUUUAAAUAAUUACCACAAGCACCAUCUCCUUAAAGUGUUUUAAUGCCAAAUUUUUAAUUACAAGAUAAUUUAUAAACAUAGACUAAUUAAUCCUAAACAUAGUUAGCAAAGUAGUAUGAAAAGAAAUAAUAGUAAUAGUAAUAAUAAUAAUAAUAAUAAUAAUAAUAAUAAUAGUAGUAGUAAUAAUAAUAAUAAUAAUAAUAAUAAUAAUAAUAGUAGUAAUAGUAUUAAUAAUAAUAAUAGUAGUAAUAGUAUUAAUAAUAACAAAUAAAGAAUAUGCAUUAGACAUAACCUAUUAUUUACCAAAAAGAUUAAAAUUCAGAGGUACAAUAAACAAUUCAAGGAUUGGCAUAGGAAAUUAAAUAGCCAGUUUACUAAAAAAAUGAUAUCUUGAGUACAUCAGAGUAAAUUUUUGCGUAAAAGAGAAUUAGUGCAUCAGAAGUUGUUGCUAAAGAUAUUAUUUUCAAUGAAGAAAACUUUAUGUAAACAAAAAAAGAAAAAAGGAAAGCAAAUUUAGAAAAAAUUGAUAAAUUUUAUUCAAUAUAAGAAGAAAAGGAAUUCUAGUAAGUAUUUUAAGAUAUGCUUUGGGAUAUGGAUUUAGAUGAGCCAAAUGUUAGAUAAGCUGAAUUGUUGUUUUCAGAAUAUAAUUAAUAACUUUUUGAGAUUGUUUAAGGUUGGUAAUCUUCAAGAAUUAUCAAUGUUACAAGAACUAAGCUUAUGUAAUUUUAAAUAAUAUGAAUAGAAAAUUAUUAUCUGAAUAAUAAAUAAAAAAGGAAGACUACAGAAAAAUAAAGAUGUAUAAUUUAUUUAUGAAUUAAGUGAGAUAAUUUACAUUAUAAAAUCAUCUUUAAGACAAUGAAAAAAAUUUUUUACUAAAAAUGUUUAUGGAUAAUGAUUUAUAAGUUUUAGGAACAUUUGAAACAUAUUUACAAAAUUAAGAUGCAGAAGAUAUGUUAGAAAAUUUGAAAUUGAUAAUAAAACAAUAUUCUAAGUUCACAAAUGUAAAUAAAAAUAUAUAUAAAGAUAAAUUCUCCUAAUACAGAGUUAGAUAAAUAAUCAAUUAUAGAACCUAAAAAGAAUUAAUUAAGUGCUAAGGAAAUAUUAUUAUAAAUAAAAAAAUAUUUUUCAGCAGAAGAGAAGAAUAGAUUAGAGAAUAUGGCAAAUGAAUAGAGAGAUACAAAAAUAGUUGAAUUAUUUUAGGAAUAUUAAUAAGAUUAAGAUUUAAAUGGUUUUAUUUCAGCUGUUAAGAAGUUAAGCUAAUAAGAUUAGAUUAAAAAAUAGUUUGAAGAUUUGUUAAAAAAAUUGUAAAAGGAAGGACAAUUAAAAAUAGAUGAUUAUAUGUUAUACGUAAUAAAUUAGAGAAUAAAUGAAUAAAGAAUAAAAGGUGUUUUUGAAUUAUAUCUCUUUAACAAAAAUAUAGAGGAUUUUGUUGAAAGUAUAAAAAGCAUUUCUAAAUUGUUGUAAUAAGGUAAUAUAAAUAAAUUUAUAAUAUAGAGUUAAUUCUUUAAACUUUGAAUUAGUUUGAAAGAGAAAAGUUAUUAGAUGAAAGAAAAUUAUCAAUAUUAAGAGAAAAAGCGUAUGAUUAUCACAAGGAUUAUCAAAAGUUAUUAGGAGCAUUUUCGCUUUAUUUUGAAUAAGCAUAGACAGAUUAAGAGGAAGCUAAAAAAGAGAUUUUAGAAACUUUAAAUCUAUUUAAUUGA